CAGAUCCCUGUCCUCACACCCUUUUUUUACUUUACUUUACUUGACUUUACUUUUCUAUACCCUUCGCACUCUAUGAACUGACUAGGGACUAAGUACGGAGUAGUGCCUAACAACAACUUAAUUCAUCCAUCCAUCCUAGAAUCUCACAAAGUAUUGCCAUUCAUCCAUCCCAAGCUUACUAUACCAAUCUCACUUGACUAUAUCACUACAAUCACUUCCACUUCCAUUCUACAUCACUUUACCUCCCUUUCCCGUUCCCCCCCGCAUACCAAGCAAGCACUUUGUACUUUUUCGUUUAUGUGUUCCUUCCUCUUCUCAACCACCCCUAGAAUCAUCCACAGACCUUUCCAGCCCACAAUCAUCGUCCCUUGUUACUCUAGCUCUGCGGACGUCUUCUUCUAAGCCUAUCUCGCAUGCGUCUUUCCUCAUACAUGGACUGAUGCGGGCCCAAGUCUGUCAUGUCAUUACUCCACGAUCCUACCGUUGUGCGCACUCAGUGCAAUAGUAAAUCCAAGCGUCGUCCGACUCAGGAUGCGAUUCGAGGCGCGAGCGGCGGGCCUCGGCGUUCUCUGCUCAAGUCCAUCUCAGUCCCAUCUCUGUCAUCCGUUGUCAAGAGCUCUUUGACAUGGGCUGGAGAUACAUUGAACUACCGCAGAGAUGGCGUAUGUGCCGAGCAAUCCAAAGCGCGCAUUGACAUAGAAGACAGGAAACAGGUUCUUUACUUGAAAAAGCGGAAUGCAGUGACAUAUGACGAGUGGCGGAUUUGUGCUAGCGAAUUGGAUGACCUGGAAGAGCACACCAUCUGGAAGCAAAUCCUCGACUCACCUGACUACGACGUCCGUCUGGUCCAAGAACGUCUUCAGCAGCUGGAAGACGCCCGCAUCAGUUGUGAUGUCAGCCGGAUGCUGUUCCUAGUCCGUACGUCUUUGAGUCGCGACUUGGGAAACAUGAGUAAUGCCUCGCUUUAUCGGUACUCCCACCUGGGCACGAAAGAUUUGAUAGACAAGUAUAUCACUACCGCUCUAGACACAAUAUCCUCGCUGGUCGAGUUAUCGGGGCAGAAUCGGUGUGAUGGUCUAGAAACCAAGUAUAUACUCGAUCAAUUACUUGCAGCGAGACAGGCAUUCGGGCGCAGCGCGUUGCUGUUCUCGGGUGGUGCGACCUUCGGUAUGAACCAUAUCGGCGUGCUGAAAGCUCUUUACGAAGCGAAACUCUUACCUCGAAUUAUCUCGGGUGCUUCAGCCGGCAGCAUUGUGUGCGCAGUGUUCUGCACACGGACUGAGGACGAGCUUCCGGCCCUCUUGGAAUCCUAUGCAUAUGGCGAUUUUGCAGUCUUUGGCGAAGAGAGUGACUCGGAUAAUAUACUACAGAAGACAGCCCGGUUCCUCAAGUAUGGUUCAUUUCUGGAUAUAUCACAUCUGGCCAAACUCAUGAGAAGCUGGCUUGGCGAUAUAACAUUUCAGGAAGCAUACAAUCGAACACGACGAAUACUGAAUAUUUGUGUCUCUAGUGCGGGGGUCUACGAACUUCCCAAGUUGUUGAACUAUAUCACUGCUCCGAACGUGUUGAUCUGGUCUGCUGUUGCUGUUUCCUGCUCAGUGCCUUUGGUCUUUUCACCAUCCGAGCUCAUGGCUAAAGAUCCUCUGACCGGAGAGCCGGCGCCAUGGCAUGACUUACACAAACAAUAUAUCGAUGGAUCGGUGGAUGGCGACCUGCCAAUGAAUCGGCUUUCGGAGAUGUUCAAUGUCAAUCAUUUUAUCGUCUCGCAGGUCAAUCCACAUGUCGUCCCAUUCUUGCCGAAUGACGAUGGUCCACCUCAGCGUGGAAAAACGUCCUUCAAUGCCCCACAGUGGCUUCAUACUGCCACUCAUCUGGCCAAAGACGAAAUAAUGUAUCGCUUGACAGUUCUCUCCGAAAUGGGAAUUUGUCCAACAGCUUUGACGAAGACCAUGUCUAUUGUGAACCAAAAAUAUUCCGGCGAUAUCAAUAUCUAUCCGAAAAUACUGUAUAGCAAUUUCCCGGUGAUGCUGAGGAACCCGACAACCGAGUUCAUGCUUCAAGCAUGCCUGAGUGGCGAACGUGCAACAUGGCCCAAGCUCGGGCGCAUUCGAAACCAUUGCGCCAUUGAAUUGGCCUUGGAUAUAGCGGUACAGAAAAUGCGAGCACGGGUGGCAUUUUGUCCUGCCAAACUCGGCGUCCGGUCAGAUAAUAGUCUCAACAGCUACUCGCUCGAGUCGCUAGAUAGCAGUGGUGGCCGUGGGCGCAUGCUGAAUAGACGAAGCUCGUACAACCAUGAAUUGGAACGAAGAAAGUCCGCCAAAUAUCACAAUACCCGCCCAAACACCCCACACUUGCCGAGGUCUCGAAGCGUCUUCUUAUCCGAUCAAUCACAGAGUAUUGCCUCCGUGGUCUCUGCUUGUGAGGAUCACGAUCAUCAGCAACGCACGCAAGAGGAGCGGGAGGACUCCUCCAAUAAUGGUGACGAACCUUCUUCCAUGGAAUCUGAUACCGAGGAAGAAACACAGACUCUGUCUCCCAAACGGCCGCAGAUGAGCAGCACUUGGCGAACCUGGGAGCCAUGCUCUCAAGAUCACCCCUAUUCUUGGAUGGCUCUCAAAAGUGAUUCAUUAUCCUCACAAUCGACGCCGGGUUCCUCGUCGUCCUCCGGCCAAUCUGUGCGAUCGCCACUUCAAGGGUUUGCCACUCGUUCUCCGGAAUAUGUAUCGUGUGGCAUGCACGAGACAUCAUUAUCACCUUCCCGCCAACUGCUGCGAAUGACACCAACGACCCAUGUCAAAAACCCCAGCAGGUCCUCUUUAACACUUUGACAUGAAUGGAUGAUUGUUUCAAGGAACGCUGCACAUCCUUGUCUGUGCUUUGAUGUGGCAAGUGUGCUCUUUUCACGUCCUCAAGUCUUUUUGCAUCACCCAGUCAUUUUUGUUUAUUUUGGCGCAUACCUUUUCCUACGGCCUUAAGAGUGUAUAUGACCCGAGUCCAUGAGCAGCCUAGAUGUAAGGAGCCGGCGUUUAGAGUGGCAGAUCAUUGACUCGGCCAGAU